AUGUGUCGGCGCCCCUUCUGGCCCAAUUCGCAAUUCCCAGCUGUGCCUCCCAAAUUCCAGUUAUUACCAGUUGAUUUCAGGUGUGAACGUGUAUCAAAGUUGUGGCGAUCAGUGGCAAUGGAAGCUACCAGAUCAGAAACAAAACCAGUAUGGGUCUAUGUAAUUUUUCGAAAAAAUCAUUGUUCAGGACACGAAAAAAUGACAGUGAACAUCAGCUUUGAUGGGCCAAUUUUUUGGAAUCGUCAAGUCGCCUAUAUCUACUGCUGCUCCUGUCACUUUGAAGAACAUGAGGCAUGUCUAGGCCCAUUGAUGGCGAUAUUAGGCAAGUUCGAGCAACGUGUUGAACGUAUGUGCUUAGUGGACCGUCCAGUAGAUUAUCCAUUCCUACCCGAUUCAAUGUUCUCCUAUAUGGCCAAAUGUAUGCCAAAGUUACAAUUUAUUUACCUUCGCGAAUUGGAUCUAGAGAAGAUCAAUCGUGCCACAGUGGUUGAACUGGCAAAUCAUAGCACAUUAAAAAAGUUUAUUUACCUUCGCGAAUUGGAUCUAGAGAAGAUCAAUCGUGCCACAGUGGUUGAACUGGCAAAUCAUAGCACAUUGAAAAAGGAGGAUAAUGUAGCUUUUACGGUGCUUUUUCAGGUGAUCGUACAUGGUUGCCGAAAUUAUGAAGUACUUGAAGAUUUCCGGAAUCUUCCACAGCUCCUGGUAGUACGAGGAGAAAUUCUAGGGCUAAAAGCGAUGUUGGGCGAUUUCGAGGAAGAGCAGCCAGGCUCGUCACCGGCUUCGCAAUCGCUAUCCCAAUCGAUGUCGCAAUCGAUUUCCGAGACCAGUGACCAGCCGGAUACGAUCACCGUUCAGGUGGCCACCGGUCCAUAA